GCCAUAACUCAAGGUGGCGCCUCCGGAGUUGUUCGCUGUGUAGCUGUUGGAGCUAAUAGCGCAGCUAGCGUCAGUUCAGAGCGCUGAUUUAACCGGUAGUUUACAGCGUUUUGAAGUCAUAAAACCUUUUGCGGAUUAAAGUUAUUUUCUCUCUCCAGCUUUACAUUCUGCAGGAAGGCGGGUACAAUAAAACAGCGGGCAGACUUCCUGCCACAUAGCUGUAUAAACGCUGGCUAUGCUAAGCUAACUGGCUAACACAGUUCAGUGUAGAUAAGAGAAGUAGUUAGACAGCUAGCUUAGCUUAGCUUAGCCUAGCCUAGCCUAGCUCAGCUGACUGCUGUGAGCCGGACUGUAAUGUUUAGGGACGCUUUAUUAUUUUGGGGAUCGAUAUGUCUCUCCGAGAGCUGAAAGUCUGCCUGCUUGGGGACACCGGUGUUGGAAAGUCGAGUAUUGUGUGGAGAUUUGUGGAGGAUAGCUUUGAUCCGAACAUUAAUCCUACAAUUGGAGCAUCAUUUAUGACGAAGACUGUGCAGUACCAAAAUGAGCUCCAUAAAUUUCUCAUCUGGGACACAGCAGGACAAGAGAGGUUCCGUGCUCUUGCCCCAAUGUACUACAGAGGCUCAGCGGCAGCCAUCAUUGUGUAUGACAUCACUAAAGAGGAAUCCUUCCAGACUCUAAAAAACUGGGUGAAGGAGCUGCGCCAGCAUGGACCUCCCAACAUAGUGGUGGCUAUCGCUGGAAACAAAUGUGAUCUCUCUGACGCCAGAGAGGUAUCAGAGAAGGAUGCCAAAGACUAUGCUGAUUCCAUCCAUGCAAUUUUUGUUGAAACUAGUGCCAAGAAUGCUAUUAACGUGAAUGAAAUCUUCACUGAGAUAAGUCAAAGGAUUCCAGUUCUAGACACAGGCAGCGGCAGUUCAGGAGUGCGAGGGUUCAAGCUGCGCCGCGAGCCGUCUGAAACAACCAGGGAACGCAGCUGCUGCUGAUGCAGUCUCGUGCACAAAUAGAUCAAAUAUUUUCUAAUGUUUCCGUAUCUCUCUCUCUCUCAUUCUUUUCGCGUAGGAGAAUGGUGACGUUACAGAGAACGCUUAUGAAGGACUUUCCCCAUUCUUAACCUGAAUCGAUUCUCCUGAGAAAUUUCUUUUAGUUUUUGCUGUUUUUGUUGUUUAGGGUCUUUCAGUAACUAACACUCCUUGUUAUGACAUGAACGGCUGUAGAGCCGGUCACAGCGUAUCUGCGCCUCUGUGGGGAUCUGCUACGGUUUUAUUGGUGCGUAGACUUGAAAGGUUGCUAUUCUAUGAGCCACUAAGCUUUUUUCUUUUUCUUUUUUUUUUCUUUUUUUUAAGCUUUACUAAAGGCUUACUCUACUCUUAAAUCACUACACGUACCAAAUCACAUGGGCUAACCCAGCCUCUCGAAGAACCUGGCACCCUUAAGACUUUCUGUGCAUAGCCAAAUGAAUUACGGGCACAUCAGCACUUAACAGUCAGCACUAAACAAAUCGUAGAUUAUUGUAUUCUUUCUUUUGACUAUGAUCAUGCUAAUAACUAUAAAUGAUCUUAAUUAUAAAUAAUGAAGAUUAUACACUCAUUGCCAAAACAGUAAUGCACCAAGAAGGAGUUAUUUAUACAUAUAUUUUAUAUAUGAAUUAAAAUAUAAUGACAGAAAGAUAUAUGUAAGUGAUUACAUUAUUAGAGUUAAAAAAGCAAGUUUAUUGGGGAAACUGUACAAUUGAAGGAAGCUCUAGUACCAUGUUAGGCUCCCUCUAACCUGGAUUCAUGUCAUUGAGUGGCAAACAUUUGUUCAUAGAUGUUGCGUCUGAAUCAGUAGUUUUUGCACACUUGUAGGUUUUCGAUUGGUGUCCCAGUUGGGACCAUAAAUGCAUGAUUAGCAUAAAAUCUGGCAACCAGAUUUUACAGGCUAAGUGUCACAAUGUAUCACACCAGCAGUUAGAUCAGUUUGUUCCUCUACAGGAAAGGCAGGAUUGAAACAGAACUUUGAUUGGUUGUUGGACAGAAUUCAAUACCAAUUGAUAGCAGUCCAUUUACAACACCUACAACACCACUGCAAAUGAAAAAUUAAAAAAAAUAUAGAUUUUUGAGUGCUUAAAAGAGUCAUGUCUAGCAGUCAGUGAUCUCUCAUCAAGAGGUACACUACCCAAAAAAAUAGCCCAGGAGACUCUAUUCAUAAAGCAAUUAGGAAAGACUUUUUUACACCCUCUUGUGGUAAAACCCAGUAUCUAACCUGUGUUAGACCACACCUGUAAUCAUUUACAUAUCUGCCAGAGAUAUAACUUUAUAUUGAGAUUUGCAGCAGUUUUUUUUUGUUCUUUCAGACUCUGAAAGACUCCUAAACCUUUUAGAACCUAACCCUCAAUCAUUUUUUUUGUAAAUGCACUUGUAAAUGUUGGAGUGUGCAUUGUCUGUCUCUACAUUUUCUGAGUGAUCAAGCAUAAAAAGUUCAGGGCAGAGGUUUUUUUUUUUUUUUAGAAAGCAUUACAGUAUUAAGAUCAUCUUAAUUGGGGAACUCAACCACAAUGGCAAUUUUACUGAAAAAGACUUUAAAUAGAAGUCUCUGUAAUUCUAAAAUCAGGUUCUAAAAUCCAAAUCAAGGGAUGGAAUUUCCAGCUUUUCCCAUGCAACUAAAUAUGGUAGGGAAGAGUGUGUGCUAACAAUCAAGGAAACGAAUGCUCUUCUAAGUUUAUAAUGUAUAUAACAGUUUAGUUGUACUGUUGAGUUUAAGGAUCCUUUUUAAGAAUUCUGUCAUUUGCCAGUUACCAAGUGCCAUAUACAUUUUAGGUUUGGUUUUUUUUUUUUUUGGUUAAACAUGUUUACAAGAACUUAACUUAAGUACUAGACAAAAAAGAAGUAUGUAGGGUAUUUCCAAGUGAAAAAGUGAAAUAUUAAAAAAAUGUUAUUUUCAAAGUAUGUAUGAAUUAAAUCAGUCUAAAUCAUUUUUUACACAGCAUAAAUACAGUGACAUACAAUUGUUUGGGUCCCACUGGUCAAACUUUCUGUUACUGUGAAUAGCUAGACAAAAAUAAAAUUUACAAAAAAUGAUUUUCAAAAGAAAAGGUUAAUUAUUUAUUAUUUAUAACAGUAUUACAUUGUAUAUUUACAUCUAAAUUGAAGGGGCCUAUAGGAAAAGUCUAGGCACCCUACAUGGUCAGUACUUUGCAAGAGGUUUCUAGACCUUUGCUGACUAUGAUCUAAUGUUUCUAGUUUAAAAUAACAGUCUGUGAGUUUAGGGGAUUUGGAGACCUCUCUGGUGAGAAUGUGUAAUUGCACUGAGCUUGUGGAAAAGUACUUUUAAAACGUGCAUUGUGGUGUGGUAUCCUUAUAGAGUGGAUAAAUCUGGUGAUUUUAUUUGAUGACUCUCACUAACUCUAUAACCAAAUUACAAGUUUGCCAUGCUGAUUUCUUCUAUCAGCCUUAUUAGCAGUGUCCUUGUUGCUCAGGUAAACAGGAAAAGCUGUCACGGCCAGAAAAAGCAGAAACAGAACCCUUGUUUUUUUUUUGCAUGAACACAGCUCUAGAAAAAAUGAGGAGAGCACUUCAGUUUCUGAAUCAGUUUCUCUUUGCUAUUUAUAGGUUUAUGUUUGAGUAAAAUGAACAUUGUUGUUUUUUCUAUAAACUACAGAAAACAUUUCUCCCAAAUUUUAAACAAAAAAAAUGUCAUUUAGAGACUUUAUUUGCAGAAAAUAAGAAAAGGCUGAAAAAAGAAAAAAAGAUGCAGAGCUUUCAGACCUCAAAUAGUGCAAAAAAAAACAAGUUCAUAUUCAUAAAGUUUUAAGAGUUCAGAAAUCAAUAUUUGGUGGAAUAACCUUGGUUGGUUUUUAAUCACAUUUUUUUUCAUGCAUCUUGGCAUUAUGUUCUCCUCCACCAGUCUUACACACUGCUUUUGGAUAACUUUAUGCUUUACACUCCUGGAGCAAACAUUUAAGCAGUUCAGUUUAGUUUGAUGGCUUGUGAUCAUCCAUCUUCCUCUUGAUUAUAUUCCAGAGGUUUUCAAGUUGGUAAAAUCAAAGAAACUCAUCAUUUUUAAGUGAUCACUUAUUUUUUUCAAAGCUGUAUAUUUGGCUUUGCAGGGAUGAUCACAGAAGCACAAUGAUUACAUUUAUUAGAAUAUUUGCCCCCUUCCCGCUCAGGAAUACUAAUGCAUUCAAUUUAAAAGUAGAAAUCUUAUGGAUUGUAUCAUACUUGUUUAGAUGUUUCUUAGACAACUUUUUCUUCAGAUAAGUCUUCUAUAGAGGUUAUAAAUAUUCGCAGGUGUUGCAGCACAGUAGAACAGUGCAUCUUCAGUGCCAAUUCUCAUGAAUCAUCUUGAAGACAUUCAACAGUUAAAUAGGGGAUUUUGAUUUUCUCUUUUUUUCUUUCUUUCUAGUAAGCCUACAAGCAAUUCUGUAGAAAAGUUAUCUUUGUUUCCAGACAUUAAUUUGACCUUCACUCUUCCUGCUAACUUAAUUUCCUAAUUAUUUCCCAUUUUGAACUAAGGCAAUGGCUACUUGAAAAUGAGUUUCUAUCUUCAAAAAGCCUUCUUCUGCUUUGUGGACAUAUGCGAUUUUAUUUCCAGAGUGUUAGGCAGCUGUUUAGAGCAGCUAAGCCAUGGCUGCUAAUUGUUGGGAUGUUUGAGGGGUCACAGUAUUUAUAGAACCUCCAUAAUCCUAACAGGCCAAUUAAGAUCUGAGACCUUACUAAAAGUGAUGUAGAAAAUUGCUGUAAGAAAUAUCUGUUUGAAUGCCCAGACUUUUGCAUGGUGCUUCUUUUCUAUCUCUCUCUUUUUUUUUUUUUUUUACGUUUUUACAUUGUACAAAAGAGGAAGCACUUUAACUUUAUGCCUUUCUGAGAUCACUUCAUGUUUUGCUCAUUUAACUUUUCACAGUUUCACAGUAACACAAAGGUUAACCGGAGGAACUCUAGGCUUUGCAUGACUUUUCCGAUAAUCACCGCUUUGAAUCCCGGGCAAUGCUGGUAGCCAUCAGCAGCCGGAGUCCGAGAGGGCACAAUUGGUCAUGCUCUCUCUGGGUCCCAAUGUAAUGUUGGUCAGCACAGGAGUUUCCUCUUCAAGUGUGUUGGCUACCCAGUGACUCAGUUAAAAAAAAAAAAGAGAAGAGUGCCCCUAGUGUUGGAGCAUUACUAGUAAUGGGAAGUUCUAGUGAGUGUGGGGCAAAUUGGUGUUUAAAGUUGAACUAAGUUUGUUUCUUUUCUUUUUUUGCCAACAAACUCAUCAUUUCCACUUUCUGCUUUAUGUGCUUUGACUUUAAAUGAAUACAAUGACUUUAUUAUUAACUUAACUGUGAUUAGAAGUUAAGAAUUGGAUGGUUUAAGCUGAUCUUUGAUGGUCAUUUAGGGGGAAACAUACCCUAUACUGGCGAGCUAGCUGCUUAACCAGCUCCUUACGAGCGGAUCGAGUAUGUUACACUUGAUUUUGGCCAUGCUCGUUGACCAGAUCAUGUGUGUAAACUAUCUAAACUAUCUAAGCUAAACUAUCAAACUUGAGCUAAACUCAAACAAAAACAUACUCUAUGUUGGUUUUCAGCAUGGAUUAAACUCCAAAAUGUAAAAGUAUGGAUGGUUAAUAACAUAUCAGGAUAGAAACUAUAAUAUAAUACACCCUUAAACCCAAUAUUUGUAUUGUGGCAUUAUGUACAGUAUGUGCCUUGGAUGGUCUUGCGCUCCCCUCUUUAUUAAUAUGAAUGUUAAGCCUACACGUGGCUGUCUUGAAGCCACACUUUACAGUGACUUGCAAAAGUAUUCAAACCCCUUGAACUUUUCCUUUUUGAACAUUUUGCCCCCUUACAACCACAAACUUAAAUGGAUUUUAUUGAGAUUUUAUUUGAAACGAAAAUGAUACACGGUUUUCAUGAUUUUUAUCAAAUUAAAAAUCUGAAAAGUGACGUGCAAAAGUAUUCAGCCCCCAUAUAUCACUUAGUCUUCUUAAUGGAGCCACUAUUCGCUGCAGUUACAGCUAUAAGUGCUUUGAGGUUUGUCUCUUCCAGCUUUGCAUUUCUUCUUUAUAAAACAGCUUAAGCUCAGCCAAGAAUUUUAAAAAACAUGUAUCAUUUUCGUUACACUUCACACUUAUGGAAUACUUUUUGUCUAUCACUUAAAAUCUCAAUUAAAAAAAAUACAUUUGAGUUUGUGAUUGUAAGAUGACAAAAUGUGGAAAAGUUCAAGGGGUAUGAAUACUUUUGCAAGCCACUGUAUUCGUGCAUCUAGAUGGAGCUGUUGGCUCUGUGCACUGAAUGUGUGAGAACUAUUGGGCAUUGUUCUUGUGGCAGAGCAGAGCUGUUUGGCCAUUAUCCCCUACAGUGAUUAGUCAGGACCCGAGACUGAAGACCCAAAUCAAAUUACGUUAUAUUUAGUGAAAUAUAUAAAUACUACACCUUUCAGAAACUCGUAAAGUGGAAUUUGAAGGAUUGGAAGAUUUAGGAUUGUUCAUUGUAAUGAGAAACUUAACCUAAUGAAUUUAUCUAUUUGUAUUUUGGUAUUUGCAGAUUUUAUCUCCAAAGUAAUCAUUUAUUCAGGGAAAGUGCUUUACUAAAUGAAGAUUGUAUGGUACUUUUUGUGGUAUGUGGUUAUUAUCCAUUUAUCCAUUUAGCUUGGUUAGAAUAAGAACACCAUUCAUUGUGAUGUACAGUAUAUAAAUAUAACCACGGUUGUAUAGGAGUAGCUUUAUACGUAUUUUUUUCUUUUUUAUAUUAAUCUCACUCGAUGUGUAACUGUCCAGAUGUACUACCAGAAGCCUUGCACACAGCUCAGAAUCACUUUGUUUUUGUUUUUUUUUACAUUUUAUAUGUAUUUUUUUCAUUUUUCUUAUCUCGUGCCAUGUAAAAGCUUCUUAAAGUGUCUUUAUAAAAGCAAAGUAAAAAAAGUUUCCAUUUUA